AUGGAGCUUCGUCCUCUGGGGAAUACAGGGCUUAAGGUUAGUGCAGUUGGGUUUGGUGCAUCUCCGCUCGGAAGUCAUUACAGUCAAGUCGCCGAAGAUGAUGGCAUCGCCGCCGUGCGUGAGGCUUUCCGGCAUGGCAUCAACUUCUUCGACACCUCCCCGUAUUAUGGAGGCACAGUUUCUGAGAAAGUGCUUGGUAAGGCGCUCAAGACUCUACAAGUACCUAGAAGUGACUAUAUUGUGGCGACCAAGUGUGGAAGAUAUGGAAAAGGUUUUGACUUCAGUGCUGAGAGAGUAAGAAAGAGCGUCGACGAGAGCUUGGAGAAUCUUCAGCUAGAUUAUGUUGACAUACUUCAUUGCCAUGACAUUGAGUUCUGGUCUCUUGAUCAGAUUGUGAGUGAAACAAUCCCCACCCUCCAGAAACUGAAACAGGAAGGGAAGAUACGUUUCAUUGGUAUCACUGGUCUUCCGUUUAAUAUUUUCACUUAUGUUCUUGAUAGAGUGCCUCCAGGGACGAUGGAUGUGAUAUUAUCAUACUGCCAUUACAGCAUAAAUGAUUCAACGUUGCUUGAUAUGUUACCAUACUUGAAGAAAAAAGGUGUGGGUGUGAUAACUGCUUCUCCAUUGGCAAUGGGUCUUUUUACGGAACAAGGUCCUCCUGAAUGGCACCCUGCCUCUCCUGAGAUCAAGUCUGCGUGCAAAGCAGCAGUUACUCAUUGUAAAUCAAGGGGUAAGAAGAUCACAAAGUUAGCACUGCAGUACAGCUUAGCAAACGAGGAGGUUUCAUCUGUUCUGGUUGGGAUGGGCUCUGUCUCAGAGGUAGAAGAAAACGUUGCAGCAUUUACAGAGCUUGUUGGUUUGGGGAUGGAUCAAGAAACUCUAUCUGAAGUUGAAGCUAUUCUCGAGCCUGUAAAGAAUCUGACUUGGCCGAGCGGAAUCAAUCAAAACUAAAAGCCUUCUUGGAGUACUUGAUUUGUGGUAUUAUUAGUAAAGUAUCAAACUAAUCACAAAAUCAUAGAUUUGAUUAUUGAUGUGUUUUCAAUU